GUUACUCAUUUGAUUACAUUUGGUAUCAGGAAAGAAGGGAAAGUGAGGUGCAUGAAUGAAAUGUUUUCAUAAAAAGUAUCAUUAAAAUGACAGCAUCCAGGAAUCGAAACAACAUAAAUACAAACGUGCUCUUCUUAAACUACCGUCAACUGUAUCUCCUUUCUAUCCCUUCCGCUUGAUCUACAGACUUUGCUUUAUUGACUUCCUUGGGAAGACACGGAUAGCCUUUUUCGGAAAGUAGGCAUGAGACAUGGCACAUUUUCAGGCGGGCCGCACUACUAAAAAUAAAUUCAAGGUUAUGCCUCCAAAGAAGAGAGUUUGCUGGGGAAAGAAAGCAACCGGUUUAAAAAGACAGCAACAGACUGCAGCAAUUCACCACAUUCCAGAAGCUACUUUGAACAUAAUGCAAAAUGGUGCAUCUACUGCCCAAUCUGAUAGAAUUCUGGCAGAACUGUGUAGCAACAGAUCACCAGCAAUUGCUUCAUCAGAAAUUGCCAUCCUAGCUCCUGUGAAAAGGGAUUACCCUGCUAUGCGGAGAGCAAGACGUGCUGCUUUACAAGCCGCAAGGCAAGCUGCUCAGUCUGAGCAACAGCGUAACCUGCAUCAUAUGAAUAACCCUGCUUGCACUUCGGCCCGCAGAGCGGCUGAGAAUGCUAAACAACAUGCCAUUUGCCUCAACAAAAACGCUGCCUCUAUUGCUUCCUCCAGAAUUAAUGAGAGCUCCAAAGUCAGGUUUCAUCGCCUGGCCAAUGUCUCAAUUUGUAGAAAUUGUCAUCGAGGUGUUUCUAGGCCAUGCAGUUCCCGAUAGUCAUUAAAAGCGUUCGACUAUAAGCCUGACAUCGACUAUGCUUCCCAUCCAGACCUAUCGAUUUCCUAUAUGCAAGUCGUUUGUCCAAUUUGUUCUGCGAGGAAGUGACCCGGUGAACCAGCUGGAUUGUGCUGCUCAGGUGGAAAGGUCAGACUACCCUCUUUGUUGGACCCACCCCUCAUCCAUUACAGCUGCUUCUUACCAGAACAAACACUCAAGGCGUUUUCUUCGUGACAAGGAAGUACAACUGUGCUUUCCAAAUGACCUCAUUUGAAGUGAACAUCAUCAGACAAGAAGGGUUCGUGCCCACUUUUAAAGUACAGGGCCAAGUUUACCAUAGAAUUAGAUCUCUUCAGCCAGCCGCAGGCCAAGAGCCAAAGUUUCUUCAGCUGUACUUCAUUUGCAACUAUCAAAACCAAGCCGCAAAAUGAACCACAAUAUCACCAGGUACUGACUUUGAGCUGACAUUGCAAUUGCAAGAGAUGCUUCAUGCUACAAACAGCUACAUGCGUAGUUUCAAGUAUGCCGUGGAGAUGACCUCAAGCCCCAAUUUUAAAGUGGUCAUUGAUGCUGACAAACGCCCAUCUGGAGAACACCUUGGACGCUACAACCAAACUUCAUGUAAUGAAAUCGUUAUCAUUCUUCAGGGUGACCAGUCUAACCUAGGGACAUCGUUCUGUCAUGUUGUAAUGAUGCCAUAAGGCGAAUUCCAGAAACUCACAGGGCAUACGAUGCGCUCCAGUACCCCCUACUAUUUCCUCAUGGUGAAAACGGAUACCAUAUUGACAUUCUGCAAUGUCAUCCUCUCAGUACAGACGUCUGCAGCAACAAGCAGGUUUCAUGCAUGGCUUUCUACUGCAAGAUUUAUAUCGUAGAUGGCGUAAUAAGUCACACCCGGACAACGUCAGGUUAUACUGCUAGUAUAAUGUAAUAUUUUAUAAACUACAAAUAACAAGAAUUAAAAUUAUGGCUUAAAACUUG